CGAGCCAUGUAAAAGCAAUCUUUUACAAAAAAGGCUGGACUUGAUGAAGUAAGAUUAAUUUUCAUACUGUUACAUCGUAUAAAAGCUGAGUACUUGAAAGUACAUUGGCACUCUUUAAAUUGGGUCUGCGUAGAAACAUAAAAAUGAUUGACAAGGUAAUCACUGUGUUAGUUUUCUUAGCUUAUACCAAAGCUGACGUAUAUACCGACUACCCUUCAGUGCCAACAGUAGAGUUUUACUCUUCAAUCAACAAUGGCCCAGGUACCAGAAGAUACUACCCUACCACACCUGCUCCUAUAUACGAAGAUAUGGACGACCUACCGCCUUCAUACCCAUCUCAAAGACCCUUAUUUAACGUUAUUAAUAGACCAUUUGCAAGUGCGAGAUCUGACAAUGUAGUUAAUAUAGGUAAUUCACGGUACUCGUCUCGAGUACAGAGUCAAGUUCUGUUCCAACCCGCCUUCACUCCACCUCCACUUAGAAGAACAUCGGAUCCAGUGACAUAUACCACUCACAGUCAUUCUACGCCAUUAGUGAAUUUAUACUCAGGUCCAGUUAUUUCAACAGCCUAUGGACAACCUUUUGGUUCACAUAUACCAGCAGCAAAUCAAGGAACCACUCUCACUUAUUCAGGAACCCCUGUGUCCCAAAUUUACAACAGUCACGGUGUAAGACUAAAUUACUAAGCCCUCAUUCGCACGAGAGUUUUUUUAACGGACGUUAAAAAAGCGUUAUUGUACAAUAAAUGCAUUCCCAAGUAUAUUGUGCUGUACACACGACAGCGU